AUGAUCUCUCAACUGGACAAUAGAAAACAUGUUAAAUUUUUGAAGAGACACUUGGAGCUGCUGCCAUCCAGUCAUCAGGAACAUGAUCCAAAUAAGAUGGCCAUAAUAUUUUAUUCAAUAAUGGGACUUGCCGCUCUCAAAAUUGAUGUCUGUAAGGAAUACAAGGCUAAUUUGCAUUGGUUACAUAAGCAUUACAGGACAAUACGAUCGCCUGAUAGUCAAGAGACAAUUUCCGGAUUUACAGGUAGUUUCUCGAUGCUGAUCUCUUCUGUGAAUUGCUUGAGUUUACCAAAUACAUUGUUUGCAAUAUUAACUUGCAGAACUUUAAAAGAUGAAGAGUUUUUCCAUGAGAUCAUUGAUCCAAAGGGUGUCGCUAGCUUUGUGGGAAGAUGUCAAGAUCCCGAGGUCGGAUCUUUUACCUCGACUCUUGAUUAUAAACGUUUAAUUCCUUCCCCAGUUGACACCGGGGAUCUCAGAUUCUGUUAUAUCGCCGUUGCUAUUCUACAGCUAAUUGGUUUUACUAAUGAAGGUGAAUUAAAAGAGUUUAUUGACGUUGAGAAACUCAUUCAAUACAUCCUUGCACAACAAUGUGCUGAUGGUGGGUUUGGAUCGUAUGGUGAACCACACGCAGGCUACACAUCUUGCGCGCUAUCAGCUUUAUCCUUGCUGGGCAAGCUUGAUAGACUGAGCGACUGUUUCAAGGAACGGACGAUUUCAUGGUUGGUGAGUCGACAGGUAUCCAAUCAGGGUUGCAUGCGUUUCCAAGAGGGCAACGAUUGUUUUGAUUCUGAGGAUCAUGGUGGUUUCCAAGGAAGAGAAAACAAAUUUGCGGACACCUGUUACGUGUUUUGGUGUCUCAAUUCACUUCGAUUACUGACACCAGAUGGUUGCGAGCUUCCCAUCCAACCAGAUCUAGCAGAAGAUUUCUUAAUCAACAGAACACAGAAUAAUGUUAUCGGUGGCUUCAGUAAAAAUGAUCAGGAUGAUCCGGACCUCUAUCACACAUGCCUGGGGAUCGCCGCAUUGGCCAUGCUGGACGGUUCUUUCGAUGGGGUCCUUUUCAUACCGAAAGGAAUUACAGUAUAA